CUUAUAUUCAAGUUCACAUAAGAAGUUACCUCCUUCUGCACUUUCUCGGGUCCACAGCAGGGCUCAAGACCAACCCAUAUCAGGCUUACCUAACGACAGCACAGCAAAAUGUCAGAGAAGCUUCCAUUCAAAGUUGCUGACAUCAGCCUGGCUGAGUGGGGACGUAAAGCCAUCGACAUAGCCGAGAAUGAGAUGCCGGGUCUGAUGAAGAUGAGGGAGCUCUAUGGCCAGACCAAACCCCUGAAGGGCUCUCGCAUCGCAGGCUGCCUGCACAUGACUCUACAGACCGCUGUGCUCAUUGAAACCCUGACCGCCCUCGGAGCUGAGGUCCAGUGGUCCAGCUGUAACAUCUUCUCUACGCAGGAUCACGCAGCGGCAGCCAUUGCUAAAUCUGGCGUUCCAGUGUUUGCCUGGAAGGGAGAGACCGAUGAAGAGUAUGUGUGGUGCAUAGAGCAGACCAUCUACUUCAAGAACGGUCAGCCUCUUAACAUGAUCCUGGACGACGGUGGAGACCUGACCAAUCUGGUGCACCAGAAAUACCCCAAACUGCUUGCAGGAAUCAAGGGCAUCUCUGAGGAGACCACCACAGGAGUUCACAACCUCUACAAGAUGUUGAAGAAAGGGGAACUGAAAGUUCCUGCCAUCAAUGUCAACGACUCCGUUACCAAGAGUAAGUUUGACAACCUGUACGGCUGCCGUGAGUCUUUGAUUGACGGCAUCAAGCGUGCCACAGAUGUGAUGAUUGCCGGUAAGGUGGCAGUGGUGGCCGGGUACGGUGACGUCGGUAAGGGCUGCGUUCAGGCCCUGCGAGGGUUCGGUGCCAGAGUUAUCGUCACAGAGAUCGAUCCCAUCAACGCUCUGCAGGCGGCUAUGGAGGGCUAUGAGGUGACCACCAUGGAUGAGGCCUGCAAAGAAGGAAACAUCUUUGUGACCACCACUGGCUGUGAGGACAUUAUCUUUGGCAGAACUCUCCGCUCUUUUAUACAGGUUGACCGUUUUCGCAUGAAAAAUGGCCGUCACAUCAUCGUUUUGGCUGAGGGGCGUCUGGUGAACCUGGGCUGUGCCAUGGGCCAUCCGAGCUUUGUGAUGAGCAACUCAUUCACCAACCAGGUCCUUGCCCAGAUUGAGCUGUGGACCAACACCAGCAAAUACCCACUGGGUGUUUACUUCCUGCCAAAGAAGCUGGAUGAGGAGGUGGCUGCCGCACACUUGGACAAGCUUUGCGUCAAACUGACUAAACUGACAGAGAAGCAAGCCAAAUAUUUGGGUCUGCCCUGCGACGGUCCCUUCAAAGCGGACCACUACCGCUACUAAGUAGCUUUGACCAAUCGCAGCUUCAACUGUGGAUGAGGACGGACUACACGAUCAUUAGCAGCUGUGCCAGUUACCUUUACGGCUAUAAUAGUGCUUAAUCGUGUCUCAGUCUCAUCACGAGUGCCUGCGAGCUCUCACCAACACCUUUUUGCAUU